CAAGCUCAGGCUAAAAAAAAAAAAAAAAAAAAUGAAAAAAAAAAUUUGAAAAAAAAAUUUGAAAAAAUGAAAAACGAUUAGAGCAAAUGAUAAGCAGAGAACACUCAAGAAAUUAAAGUCAUUUUAGAACGAGCAGCAACGCAGAGAAGGGAGUCAGAGGCAGAGAAAAAGAGGCAGAGGGAGUAACCGAGAUAGACGGGAAGUGUUUCAGUCAGAAACUGAGUCGGCCACCUGUGAGCUCGCACAUGCACAGCAAUCAGUGACAGAAGUGAAGUGUGUGAGAGGCGGAGGAGAGGGUUAAGCUGUUGUAACUUUGCAGAUUCCUGAUGGCGUCUGGUUCAACUGGCAGAGCGGAGGUACUGCCACCAGCACUGCCUGUCAAACAGCACAGGAGUCAUUCCUCCAGUCGCUCCAGUGUAGAGUCUGACUGUGUUAUCGUCAGCCCUGUUGGACUCCAGCAUCAAAACUACACAUACAACGAUGUCUUCUCCGAUUCCACUGAUUGUAAUGCAGCCCAGUGCCCCAUACACCAGCGCUAUGAUCCCUCUCUGCACCAGAUGAGGUUUUUCUCAGACGGCAACCCACCGCCUGUCCCGAAGAAGAGGUUAGUUCGCACCCUCUCCUUCCCUUGCAACAGCAACGCACCUCCGCUCUCUACCUGGUCUCACCUGUCUCCAGUGCAAAGGCACCCUCAAAACUUUGACAACCCUUUGUACAUGCUGGCCCACGUACCUGACAGCUACUUCCAACAGGAGAAAACGGAAGAGGUGAGGAGUCCCAUCCCCUUGUUGUCCUUCUCCCAGCUGUCCUUUGACACCCCGGAUGAGCACCUGCCCUACCUCUUCAGUAGCUUUGACGACCAGAGGGUUGUUUCUCAGGGGAUUCAGCAUCGCCAUCUACUCUUUCUGAGAAGUAUGGCGCAGAGCGUGGAGGCCGAGAUCCUGCUGCAAGGAGUAGCCACAGAGAGGGAUGUCAGCUCAUACCAGCCUCAGGAUUUCCUGCUGAUUGAAGGCAGCCAGCCAAAGCAGUUUGGAGACGCAGUCUACUACAGCCUGCGCAGCCCCAAGUUCCCAGGGAGGGUGCUUGGUUUAAGGGUACACAAGCAGCCUGAUGAAGCUCCCUCAGUUCAAACCAAACACCAGAUGUCACACGUCAAUGUGCAAAAUAUGGUUGCUCAUUUCCAGCCAAGCAGCACCCUGAGGAGUGAUUCCAGCACCUUACAAACUCAAGAACCCUCUUGUCCUUUUAAGUCAGACUGCACUGCUGCUAAACCACCAGGUGGAGGCAGCACUGAGCACACCUCAGAUCUUAUAAACAUUAAUCUGCCCUCAGUUCAAUCUCUGCUCCAGAAAGGACACUGUGUGACUGUGGAGAGAGACCUGCCUCAUGUCACCCUAGAGGACUUUGUUCAGGACAGCAGCUCGCUGCAGAGCUCAGAUUGUCUGGUUUAUGACAGACAGGUGUGUGUGCUGUUGCUGCAGAUAUUAAUGGGCUCACAGCAUCUGUUCAAGCUCAGUGGCGCUGCAGCUGAGCUCAGACCCCGGGAGAUCUUCUUAGUGUGGUCCAGCAAGGGAGAGGGAUGAGGGAGGAAACAAGCCAGAGCAGUUUUCAAGGUUCAAGACCAGCGGGCUGAAAGAGGAAAUUAAGUGGGAGAAAACAGGAAGGAUCCAGAUUUUAUGGAGGAUACAAGGUUCCCCCCGUGUGGUGUUAAGCCUGCAGUCUUCUGCCCCGUCUGCGCCUCACCCUCUUGCUUCAGUUAAAUCCCAGAUUGGAGCCCUGAUUCAAUACUGCUUAUCCCCACAAGAGAGCUCAACAUCUCUGGACUCAGGUCCAAGUCUGCCCAAGUCCUCAUACCGCCAAGGUCUUCUUCAUCUGUCCUCUCUGCUGCAGAAUGUGAGUGGCGGGCCCAAGAUAGAGGACAUGGUGGCCAUGCUUCAGGUGCUCCUCUGGGGGCCCCGCGUCCCACUCCUCAAUCACAGAGGAUCCACAACCUCAGCUGUACACAACUGGCUGACGAUCAAACGAGCUCUGCUAGUGAUGAAGUUGGCGGAGAGAGGGUUGAUCCAAGAUCAGUCUGCUCUGGAUUGGGAGGACUGCAUGUCCCUGCAGUAUCUGUCGUUUAUAGACCCUGAGACAGUUGUGAGUGUGACCAGUCAGCUGUGGCUCACUCUGAAGAUGGACUGACAUCUACAGUCAGUAUGUGAAAACUCUGGAGUCCAUCUUGAAAUGAAAUGACGCUUAGGCAGCUACAGUUCAACAUAAACUGUAAACUGUCUGUGCAUAUGUCCAGUGGUAAAUAACAAACUUAUUUCCAUUCUUGCUUGGAUAUUCAUAUUCUGCUCUUCCUAAUGUAAAUUUGGUCCAAGAAAAUGCAGCACUUUGAACAUUUGUUGCAGUAACAUUAGUCAUUAAAUGCCCUGAAGACCUAUUUUCUAUCUUAA